AUGUCCGACGAGCGCAGUUAUCAACACCGUGUAACUAAUCGCACAGCGGCGGCAAACGCGACCGGUAAACGCCAAAGAGUAACGUACGCUCCCAAGCACUACGUUCACAAUCCGGGUCCUCGCGCGCAACUUGCGGCCGCGGCAGGGCCUAGCCGUGCUGGCCGCCUGCCGAACGCGAGCAUAAGUUGGGAACCCGCCUUACGCGGUGCCUCCGCCCAACAUAUUUGGGAGAGCGCGGAGCAUGUCGCUAGGCAGCGCGGAAGGACGCCGGCUAGCCAAGAAGCCGUUUCAGAAAGGCGAGAGAGGAGCGCCACAAACACCGCUGAGACCGGGGCGCUUAAUUUCGCCGGAAUGCUGGAUGAUCUUCGCGGGGAUACGAGGGUCGACAUGUUGGGGGUGCCGGUUACGGAUUAUCAUCAUGAUUUCGAAAGCGACGGGGAGAGGAGAACGAGCGAAGGCAAGACUCAAGUCGAUUACUUGCAUCAGUUCAAAGAGCAAAAUCUGGCUCCGCAGUACGCUCAGCUCAUAAUUGCAUUUCGCCAUGCGCCUCCGUUGGACCUGAAAUGCUCGGCUUGCCAAAGGACUGGAGUAGCGCGUUGGCGAUGCGGACAUUGCAUAUUGAAGAGGGACUUUUGCUCUUCAUGCCUUCGUCAGACGCAUUGGAGUAACCCCUUUCAUACCAUCGGAUGGUGGACUGGGCAGCAUUACCGCAAAGCUUGGCUGCGAGAUGCCGGGGUGGCAAUUCUUCUAUGUCCCAACGCCCAACUAGGGGAGGGGUGCCCCAACAAUCCCGGCUGUCGACCGAAUUUCGAUACCAUCGAUACAGAGCCCCCGCCGUCAUACGGCAGCUUCACGGUCGCCGCGCCGUCUGCUGCGUCAUCUGAUGCAUCCGGCGAUGAUUCUCUGACUGCCGCCGUACGGCCCGACGACGACGUUCAUCUGCCGCCGGCUUUUCGCGACGUUGACGAAGGGGAAAUUGAAGACCUGUACCUUCCUCCUGGGCCUGGUUUAGAAGACGAUUUCCAGCCUAUCGGCCCCCCCGACGAAGAAGGAGCUGAGAGCCAUUACGAAUACACCGCCGGUGUUGCACGGGACGGUGGCAAAACGUCCAUUCCUACCAAGGAUCUGUAUGGCCACCGCACUCUCGUUGUCGUUCAUACCGACGCCAUUCACGGCAUCGGCGUAGGUUUCUGUCGCUGCCCUGAAGCACCGUCCGAAGAUCGCCAGCUUGUGAAAUACGCAGGACUCUUUCCAGCCUCUCAGGACAUCCCGUCCACCGCCUUCACGCUGCAGUUCCUAGAGUACAGGCACUUUGACGACGUCAUUUGCAAGACCAGCGCACAAGCCCACAUGCGGAAGAUUCGGCGUUGCACAGAACCAGACGAACUACGCCUUGCUCCGAAUCGAUAUCCCAAGCUUCUCCUGGUGUCGCGCCUGUACACCGCGAUCAAGAAUCUGAUAGAUUUUGGGUACGCUUCCCAACCGCUGGCGAAUUGGCGCGAGCCGCCUGCUGGUGGUCUCGUUUGGAAGUGCAUCGUGUGCCCCCGCAAGACGCCAGAGUUCAAUAACUUACCGAAGAUCUGGGAGAGAGACCCAGAUGAAUGGCGCAAAUUCGUCUCCCUCUGCUACGACGGUAAUUUCAGUGGCGACCACACGAUAUCCCGCAGACCAGGAAACAAUGUGUCAUUAUAUCCCGGCACUGGCAUGUUCGAUCUCGCGGAUGCUGUGGCUGCUCAUGCCGCUCGGGCUUUAGACGAUAGGGCCUUGCGCAGGAUAUACCCCGAUCUGAAUGCGAACGACAAGCCUUGCCAUGAACACAAAGCCGCCGCCACAGUGGGGAAGGUUCGAAGUAAAGUCGUGGACAUAAAGGGAAUAGGCUCCUGGGCCUGUUCUCGACACGGGUGCUUCUGCGCAUGUGCAACGAACAACUUCACCUUGGGAGAAAGCUCAAGUCCUGUUGACAAGAGCUUAGACUCUGCAUUCUGUCACACCAUCACCGAUCAGAUCACCCGCGUCCAGCUCUUAUACGAUAUUUGGUGCCGCUAUGGUGUUCACGUUCAGAAGCGUUUCAAGCACAGCGGCCUAGAUUGGCCCAAAUUCCGCGAGGUCCUUCAGGGCGUCGGAGUCUGGCACAUCUACGGCCACGUUUUCGAAUGCUUUCGCCGGUUCUCGCCGGAUUACUCACCGAGAGCGGGUAUCGUGGAUGGGGAAAUUCUCGAGACGCUCUGGUCGCUGCUAAACGGCAUCCUGCAGGCCUGUCGGGGAAUGUCACUCGCGGCGCGAGAGGAGAAGAUUAAUAUGCACAUGAACGACAUUAACCAUCGAAAGAUCAUUGAAAUGACUGGGACUCUCGUGCGGAAGUAUCGCAAAUACAGUCGCGAACUCAAGAUUCGACGGCAUCACCUCAGCCAAUUAGAACUCUCCUGCGGUGACGAUGACAUUGAGAGGUGGGAGACAGCGCGCCGUGCAUUGGAGGAGAAGCGGGUGAAGGACCCGUACUAUGCCGAUGCUUUCUGGGAGAGUCCCACCCCUCCAUCAGAUCCUGGAAAGCAGGUUGUAGAAGUUCGACUGCUCGAGGAUGAUGACAGCGGUCUCGUGAAGGCAAUAAUGCAGUCGCUUAAGCUGGAAGAGAAUAGCCUUCGUAUGCAGGCGCAAGGGAAGGAAUGGGGUGCGUCCCUUGAAGAUCGCCGCACUGCGGCGAUAGCUCGAACUAGGUUCAAUAACCGCCGCAUCAAAGCAAAUCGAGAGUUGGCCACCCUCUUGGACCAGGAUUUCCAGGACGACGAGUUGCUCCCUCCCCGCCUGGCAAAAAUACUCGACGAAGAUGAAUGGGCGGAAGAUGACGAGGUCCUGCACCGACAUCAACUGCGCGUCCAACCUGAAUUUAGACCAGUCUCACUACCGUCUGCCUGGCCUGUUGGUCGCCGGAAGAAGGAGCAUCUGACCGAGAUGGAGCAGGAAGCCAUGGGCAUCGAGAUGGAACUACGAUUGGCUGAUAUGGCCGAACGCCUGCAGGCCAUAAGGGAGGGCCUAUGUGACCAGGCGCAAGGGUACCGACUCACCAUCCGAAACAAGAAGGGGAAGGGCAGCGCCAACUAUCGGGAGCGUACCAAUGCUUGGCUACACGUCCGCCAACAAACCAAAGACGUGCGAGUGCAUGCGGCCAUAUACAAUCACCAUGUACGGCGACUGCAUCUCAUUUUUUGGGACGAUGCCCCGCGAGCGCAAGCGCGUUACGCCGCCCUCAAAGGCCGCUACAAGCUGAUCCUUGCAUCGGACAUUCGCUGUUCAACCGCAACUUACGAGAUGUACAACAACAUGCGAACUCGGGGAGAAUUCAAAUUACCUUGGUUCUGGCGCAUGCAAGACGUCUCUACCGCCGUGGACGAGGAGGCUCAAGAAGACAUGGCGGGAGAUGAACAGCCGACAGAAGACGACGAGAGCUUCAUCGCGCAAUGUGAGCGACGCGGAGAAUAG